AUGGCAUCCGCGAUAUCUUUUGGCGACGCCAACUCCGGCUUCCAAGCCGGAACAAUCAACGGUCCGGUCAACACUGAGUUUCAUCACCAUGCCCCUCCUGAGCGAAUGGAGACCCCACCGAACCCGUCGGUCGUCAUACCCUUCAGUCGCGAUACCGACUUUGUCGAGCGAGGAGAAAUACUUGAUCAGAUCCACCAGAAAUGCGCUGUCUUAGGGUCUCGGACCGCGCUCGUUGGCCUAGGCGGUGUCGGCAAAUCGCAACUCGCUAUCGAAUACGCGUACCGAACCCGAGACCUAUCACCAGAAACGUGGGUUUUCUGGGUUCACGCAAGCAACGCGGCCCGGUUUGAGCAAAGCUUUCGAGAAAUUGCAAACUGCGUCAAGAUCUCCGGAGGGCAGAGUCUACAGACCAAUAUAUUCCAGCUUGUGCACGACUGGCUGCGCAACGAUAGGAAGGGAAAGUGGGUUUUUAUACUCGAUAAUGUGGAUGAUGCUGCCUUCCUCGUCGAGACUCCAAGGACCGGUCAGGAUGGACAAGCGAAUGGCGUAGGCAGUGGGAACUUACGACCGCUCGUGUCAUACCUUCCGCAGUGCCCGAAUGGUUCGAUUCUCAUAACAACACGGAGCAAACAUGUGGCUCUGAAGCUGGUUGAACAGCGCGAUAUCAUUGCAAUCAAGCCAAUGAGUAAGCCAGAUGCGCUAGCACUCUUGGAGGGGAAGCUAGGAUGGCAUGGCGACGGCGAUGACGCUGCUGAGCUCGCUGCGGAGCUCGAGUUUAUGCCGCUUGCCAUUGUUCAGGCUGCUGCAUACAUUUCCCAACGGGUGCCGCGAUAUUCCGUGCGAGAGUACCUCAAGGACUUGCGGAAGAGCGAUCGGAAGAGAGCUAGUCUCCUUAACCACGACUGCGAACAGCUCCGUCGAGAUCGGGAGGCGAAGAACUCUAUCAUUAUUACAUGGCAAAUAUCAUUCGAUCAUAUCCGUACGAUAAGACCAUCAGCUACUGACUUAUUGUCGCUUAUGAGCUUUUUUGAUCGGCAAGGAAUCCCCGAGGCUCUGCUUCGAAAUCGAGAUGAGCGGAGAAACUCGCUGCAAGGCCAGAAGGAGAUCAACGAUGAUAAUUCUACUGACAUCGAUACUGACAUCGAUGCUGGCUAUAGUGAUGACGAUGAAGAUAAAGCCUCACAGCCUAGUGUGAGUGAUGGAUUUGAAGGCGAUGUCUUGGCCCUACGAAAUUACUCAUUCAUCUCUAUUAAUACAGACGGCACAACCUUCGAAAUGCACGGUCUGGUGCAGCUAGCGACGCGAAAAUGGCUUGAAGCUCACGAGCAGCAAGAGAGAUGGAAACAGCGGUUUAUCAAAAAUCUUGACGCAGAGCUUCCGACGGGAAAGUACGAGAAUUGGGUGAGGUGUCAGACGCUUUUCCCACACGCGCAAUCCGCAGCAGCACAGCAGCCGCAGGAACAAGACUCAUUAAGACACUGGGCUUCAAUACUAUACAAGGCAGCAUGGUACGCGUGGAGCAUGGGGAAAGGAGUAGAGGCGGAGAAGAUGUCGGUUCAGGCAAUGAAAGUUAGAAAGAAGAUUCUCGGUCGAGAGCACAAUAAUACACUGGAUAGUAUGGGAAUGGUAGCCUUGGCGUAUAAUCUUAGGGGCCGAUGGGACGCUGCUGAAGAGCUACAGGUGCAAGUGCUAGAGACUCGUAAGAAGAGACUCGGAGCGGACCAUCCAGAUACGCUAAGAAGCAUGGCAAACCUAGCGUCGACGUUUUGGAAUCAAGGCCGGUGGGACGCUGCCGAAGAGCUAGAUGUGCAAGUGCUAGAGACUCGCAAGAAGAAACUCGGAGCGGACCAUCCAGAUACGCUAGCUGGCAUGGCAAACCUAGCGUCGACGUUUUGGAAUCAAGGCCGGUGGGACGCUGCCGAAGAGCUACAAGUGCAAGUGCUAGAGACAAGCAAGGAGAGACUUGGAGCGGACCAUCCAGACACGCUAAGAAGCAUGGCCAAUCUAGCGACAACAUAUAAGAAACAAGGCCGGUGGGACACUGCCGAAGAGCUAGAGGUGCAAGUACUAGAGACAAGCAAGAAGAAACUCGGAGCGGACCAUCCAGACACGCUAAAAAGCAUGGCAAACCUAGCGUCGACGUUUUGGAAUCAAGGCCGGUGGGACGCUGCCGAAGAGCUAGAGGUGCAAGUGCUAGAGACAAGCAAGGAGAAACUCGGAGCGGACCAUCCAGACACGCUAAAUAUCAUGGCCAACCUAGCGACAACAUUUAAGAAACAAGGCCGGUGGGACACUGCCGAAGAGCUACAAGUGCAAGUGCUAGAGACAAGCAAGGAGAGACUUGGAGCGGACCAUCCAGACACGCUAAGAAGCAUGGCCAAUCUAGCGUUAACGUACAGGAACCAAGGCCGGUGGGACGCUGCCGAAGAGCUAGAGGUGCAAGUGCUAGAGACAAGCAAGGAGAAACUCGGAGCGGACCAUCCAGACACGCUAACUAGCAUGCACAAUCUGGCAUUUACGUGGAAAGAAACAGGCAGAGAAACCGAAGCUAUAAGACUUAUGGAGGAAUGCAUACAGUCACUAAAACGUGUCUUGGGACUUGAUCAUCCAAAUACCUUAUCGUCCUGCACCGCUUUAGUUGCAUGGAAGGCCGAGCAAGCGGAUGUUGUGGUUUGA